UGGAUAAAGGCGUCUGCUAAAUAAACAAAUAAUAUUAAUAACCUGGAUUAUAACUUCAGGAACUCCAUGUUUAGAGAGAGCUGUUUUAAUAUCAUAUCUAUUUCACUGCCUCUUUCCUCUCCCCUUCUCCCCCUCGCUCAGCAAUCAGUUCAGUUCAAUAGUACUUCCUGUUAUUUGUACAUCUCAACAGAUAAAGACGUCUGUUUCAUCUUUCUUUCUUAGUUCUGGCACUGAAGCCUCCGCUCACUCUGCAGACCUGCCACAGUUUGAUCUUUGCAGAGGAUACACAAAGCCACGGGAGCCUCAGCCUGCCUCAGACAAAGCGCUUGGUGGCAGCACUGCGAAAACUGCAGAGUGUGUUCUCCCAGUUUGACCAGGACUCCUCUGGCACUAUGAGUUCAUUUGAGCUCAGGCUGGCUCUGAAGAAAAGUGGUUUCCAGCUGGACUCGCGGACCAUGGAGCUGCUGUGGCUUCGACACAGGACCGAUGACCUCUGCGUGACCUUUGACGACUUCGUAAACAUUGUGGCCAAACUGCGCAAACUUUUUGAUCUGUUUGAAUCGGAAGCGAAGAUAAACACAAAGGUGAAGCAGCAAGGGAUCAACACAUGGCUGCUGAAGUUUGUUGGAAUCUGAAAAAAUGAAGAAAGCCAGCGAGACAGAGCCUAAACACAGCAGCUUCCAAACUUCACAAAGCAGGGGCACUGGAGCUGGGGGUGUGGUGGUGUGCAUAGCUAGGGCAUUACUGCCAGCACAGAGUAUAACACUCAGAAUGGAUAUUCAGACAAUCAGCACUGCUAAGUACAUGCAUAGGGUUAGAAGAAGUAGGCUUGUUUCUUUUUGACGUUUAUUUUUCAAGGGCUAUAAUCACUCACCUUUGAUAGAGCAGCAGAUGUAAAACACAUUGAAGCAUCAAGAAUCCUCUUUAUUGGGCAAAUGUGCAUUUUCAAGUCCUUAUCAUGUUUUAAAUGUACCAGUUGGUGCCUGCAUGUUAUUAACAAUUUAUAUGUAUUCAAAAUAUCCAAACUAUUUGGCCGCUUUAGAAAUCGCAGCUGUGUUGUAUUUGCAAUAAACCCUCCUAGGUUAUCCUGAGUGUGUAUCUGUAUACCUUCUUCUUCUCAGAGAUAAAUCUACACCUUUUCUUUCUAAA